AUGCAGGACGAUGAACCUCCAUACCCCGGCAGCCGACCCUACAAGGUUAGUAAACGUCCCACUAACGAUGGUUUAGGGGACGAUGAUAUAAAUAACCUAGUUAAAAACUUGUCUAAACAAGACUUAGACAAAAUAAUCGAAUUUGCUUAUGAAAAAGAUAAACAUUCUGAUAGAAACAAAGACAUGGAGUAUGAAUACAACCGACCACAUAAGAGGGAAAAUUCUCAUAAACCACCGCCGUAUGCCAAAGAUUAUUAUAAUACCAAAUAUUCUCAAGAAAAACCAUUCGAAAUGGAUUUCAAGAAAUACGUAACGUAUGUGACUGAAGCAACUCCUGUUAAGUAUAUGUCACAAGACGACAUAAGAAGUUCAUACCAUGUAGAUAUAGAACCGAAUCAAGUAAGUUUCCAUGGGUCACAGGACGACACGCCCCCACCGAGCAAAGUGUACAGUGCGCAAGACGAUGAACAGACACGAUUCAAAGAACUUAGACCAGACGUUAGCACACAAACUAAAUUUGGACCUCAGUUCGACCGCCCAAGUUUCACUCCACAAAGCGCCACCUUUCCCUUUAAAACAUAUGGGCCACAAGAAGAUAUGAUUCCAACAUCUAAUGUUGAUGGUGUCCAAAAAUUUGAAAGCCUACCACCAACGCCUUACCCAAGUCCAACACCUUCAGAUUUUUCUGAAACGACUGAAGAAGAAACAUUGCCUCCUCCAAUUAAUAUGAGAGAAGUAGACUUUGAUGUGUCUUACACAAAUAAUGUGCCUACAGUUGUGAAGGCAGAUUCCACUUCUUACGAAGUGGAGAAUUUCGGUGACUUGCCGUUGAUGAAUUACAAUUCUAAAUUGCAUUCAGUCAGUUCAUAUCAUGUGCCGCAUUACACUAUAACGCAGUCAAAAUCGCAGUCACUCCCAUCGCCACCCUCAUCAUCCUACUCGUCAUCACAGUCAUACUCUUCAUCAUCUACUGGUCUGAAACCAUCUCCUGCUGCAGCAUCCAUCAAGGCUCCUCCAGUAGAACCUGCUCCUCCGCCAUCAGUAGCCAAGGAGCAAAGUGAUGCUCAUCUGAAGGCUAUCAAGAUAUGGUCCCACAAAUCAAAGGGAGCUGCUUACACGCUUCAUGACGAUGGUACUUUGACUCCAGAGUGGCCUCGCCCGAAAUACGGCAAAUAA